CAUAGUGUGUAGUGUAAAAGUCCAACUCAACUUUAUUUUAUCAUAAAAUGGCCAUUGCUGUGCAAAAUCAUACAAAGAUAAUAAAAAAAACAAAUUGGUAGAACCAAAGGUUUGUUUGCAAAUGGAAAACCACCUUCUUCCUCUUCCCCAUCUCUGUUUCUUCCUCUCCACCAUUCUUUUCGCUGCCAUAGCCACAAAAGCUCAAGUCCCUGCUAAUGAAACCUUCCAUUUCAUAAACCAAGGUGAAUUCGGCGACCGAAUCAUCGAAUACGACGCCAGCUAUCGCGUAAUCCGAAACAAUGUCUAUACCUUUUACACAUUCCCCUUCCGUCUCUGUUUCUACAACACCACCCCCGAUUCCUUCAUCUUCGCCAUUAGAGCUGGAAUCCCUCGGGACGAGAGCUUAAUGCGAUGGGUUUGGGAUGCCAAUCGCAACGACCCAGUUCGUGAAAACGCCACCCUCACCUUCGGCACCGACGGCAACUUUGUCCUCGCCGACGUUGACGGCCGUAUCGUCUGGCAAACCAACACAAAAAACAAAGGAGUCACCGGCAUCAAAAUGCUCCCUAACGGCAACUUGGUCCUCCACGAUAAAAACGGCAAAUUCAUCUGGCAAAGCUUCGAUUACCCUACUGAUACUCUCUUAGUCGGCCAAUCUCUUCGAAUCGGCGGCCGUAACAAAUUAAUCAGCAGGAAAUCCGAAAUCGACGGCUCUGAUGGCCCUUACAGUCUCAUUUUAAGUCGAACCGGUCUCACAAUGUUCCUCACCUACUCCGGUCAGCGUUUAACCUACGGCGGUUGGGGAGAUACAGAUUUAAACAGCGUAACAUUCACCGUGGAACCAGAGAACGAAAACGCCACCGCGUACGAGCUCCUUCUAUCACUAAAUCGCGACACACAACGAAGGCGAUUAUUACAAGUCCGACCAAUCAGAAGCGGCGGAGCACUGAAUCUAAACAAGUUAAACUACAACGCAACCUACUCGUUUCUCCGGUUAGGAGCGGACGGGAAUCUUCGGGCGUUCACGUACUACGACGGAACAAGUUACCUGAAAUGGGAAGAGAGUUUUGCGUUUUUCUCAAGCUAUUUCAUCAGAGAAUGUGGUCUGCCGAGCAAAUGUGGGGCUUACGGCUACUGCAGCAGAGGAAUGUGUGUGGGUUGUCCGAGCCCAAAAGGGCUUUUGGGGUGGAGUGAGAGGUGUGCACCGCCGAAGACCCCGGCGUGCGGCGGAAAAGAGAAAUUUGGGUACUAUAAGAUAGUGGGGGUGGAGCAUUUUUUGAAUCCGUACAAGAAUGAUGGGGAAGGGCCGAUGAAGGUGGGGGAUUGUAGAGCUAAAUGCGAUAGAGAUUGCAAGUGUUUAGGGUUCAUUUAUAAGGAGUAUAGUUCUAAAUGCUUGAGGGUUCCAUUGUUAGGGACUUUGAUUAAGGAUAUUAACUCCUCCUCUGUUGGUUACAUUAAGUAUUCCCUUUAGGAGAAUGAAGGUAAGAAUGGAGGUAAGAAUGGAGUUGGUUUUAUUGGAGGUUGUUCUUGUUGGUUAAUGUGUGUUGUUAUUUGAAGAAGAAGAAUUCUAUAAAAGAUAUCAUGAGAACCAUAUAUCUCAUUAGUAAAUCUAUUAUCAAGUGGUAUUUGAGGAGACAUGGUGUUAUCAAUUCAACUACUUAUGAUUAUUAUAUGGCU